UGUAGUAGUGCCUCCAUAUUUAUGUGGUUCUAUGUUUCUCUUGAGGAAAAAAAAAAGAACAGAAAAGUUGUUUAGGUUUUUUGAAAAAUUGACUUCUUUGAUCUUGAUUGAGAUAUUUGAGUGCCAUUAGUUGUUCUGUUGGUAUGUUUAAGUCAUAAUGGGGCAGAUCUUUUGACUAAAUGGACAAGAAUUUAAUAGUGCUUGAUUUUCUUGUUUCAUGACAUUUUGGCUAUAAUAAGUAUAAAUUGAAUCUCUGCUUGGUACAUUAUAGCAAUUCCAGAAAUUCUGUGGGUACAGUUAGCUGGUUGUUUUAUCUUGGGACAAUAUCUACUGCUUGCAGCUGGAAGAGGAUCUUCUCAGGGUAAAAGUGAAUUGUUCAAUGGUUUUCUGCUGAUUUUUUCCUGAAUUAACAAACAAAAAUGAAGUUUAUGAAACUCGGAUCUCGGCCUGACACUUUCUUCACUACUGAGGCUGUUAGAUCAGUCUCCUCUGAAAUUUUAAGUGAUCUCAUAGUCCAAGUAAAGGGUAGCAAAUAUUUACUUCACAAGUUUCCUCUGUUUUCCAAGUGUUUGAGGCUGCAGAGGGUGUGCUUUGAAAGCCCAGAAAAAUCCUGUCAACACCAAAUAGUCCAGCUGCCAGAUUUUCCUUGUGGCAUAGAAGACUUUGAACUGUGUGCUAAAUUCUGCUAUGGAAUUACUAUCACUCUCAGUGCUCACAACAUUGUUUCAGUACGCUGUGCAGCAGAAUAUCUACAAAUGACAGAGGACAUCGAAAAGGGAAAUUUAAUUUCUAAACUAGAAGUGUUCCUCAAUUCUUGUGUACUUUUAGGUUGGAGAGACUCCAUUGUGACGUUACAGAGCACUCGGUCCUUUCCUUUAUGGUGCGAAGAUAUUGGAAUAACAAGCAGAUGUAUUGAAGCCAUUGCUUCAAAGGUUUUAGCUCAUCCUUUCAAAAUGAAUUUGUCACGUACCUACUCAAGAAGAGGCGGAAGAGAUGAUGUUUCCUGCAAUGGAUCAGAGAGUCUUAGGCAUAGCAAACCUUUACCCAAAGACUGGUGGGCUGAAGAUUUAGCAGAAUUGAGCAUUGAUCUCUAUUGGAGAACCAUGAUAGCUAUAAAAUCUGGUGGAAGAGUACCUGCUAAUCUUAUUGGUGAUGCAUUGCGAAUAUACGCCUCUCGAUGGCUACCAAACAUAUCAAAAUAUGCAAACCACUCCAACUCAGAUUUAAUUGGGAAACAUAGGCUGCUGUUGGAGUCGAUUAUCAGCUUAUUACCAGCUGAAAGAGGAGCUGCUUCUUGCAGCUUUCUGUUAAAACUGCUUAAAGCAGCCAACAUUUUAAAGGCAUCUUCUUCAUCAAAGGCGGAAUUGGCAAGAAGAGUUGGGCUUCAGUUAGAGGAAGCUACAGUGGUUGAUCUGUUAAUACCUUGUGUAUCAAAAGCAAGUGAUACAAUUUAUGAUGUCGAUAUAGUUAUGACCAUAUUGGAACAGUUCAUGUUACAGGGUCAGAGUCCUCCAACAAGUCCUCCACGGAUCAAAAGAGAUUUCGAGAGAAGAAGAAGAUCUCGGUCUGCAGAGAAUAUUGAUCUCGAAUUCCAGGAAAGUAGGAGAUCAUCUUCUGCAUCACAUAGCUCUAAACUCAAAGUGGCUAAGCUUGUGGAUGGAUAUCUCCAACGGAUUUCCAGGGAGGAAAAGUUGCCUCUCUCAAAAUUCAUUUCCAUUGCUGAAGCAAUUCCUGAAUUUUCUAGGCUCGACCACAAUGAUCUUUAUAGAGCCAUUGACAUCUAUCUUAAGGGGCAUCCAGGUCUGAACAAGAAUGAAAGAAAGCGUUUGUGCAGAAAGUUAGACUGUAAGAAAUUAUCCAUGGAAGUUUGCAUGCAUGCAGCACAAAAUGAACUGCUCCCACUAAGGGUAGUAGUUCAAGUUCUCUUCUUCGAGCAAGCACGAGCAACCAUGUCUGGUGCCCAUGUAACGGAACUCCCCAGCAACAUAAAGGCUCUUUUAGCUAACCAUGAUGAAUCAUCUAAGAUUUCUGCAUCUUUCACCGAUGUCAAAAUGACACCUGCAGAUGACCAAUGGAGUGCCUCAGGCAAGCUUUCCACUCUAAAAAUGAAGCUGACAGAAGAUUUGGACGAAAAUUAUGUUGAUCGAAAUGGGAGAUCUUCAACAUUAAAAGCUUCUUGCGUAUUUCCUACAAGACCUAAGAGAAUGUUUAGUAAGUUGUGGUCGAGCAAUAGAUCAGUUGCAAGUGAAAAGAACUGAAUGUUUUUUAUUCUGCUUAGUUUCUUGGUUAGGUUUGGGGAUUUGAAAAGUAAAGUAUACUCUGUCAUCAUUAUUCUCGCCCGUUUAA